AUGGCGUGGGAUACGGGCAGCGAGGGCAAGGGCAAGGGAAAGCUGGAGGCCGGGACGGCGCGGUUUGAGGACAUUGUCAACUACUGGGUGGCCCUCGACGAGGCAACCAAGAAGGAGUUGGUCGCCGAGGCGACCAAGGUGGUCAAGCGGCCCGAUCCGGCCAUGCGGGCAAAGCUCGAUGUCGUCUACGCCGACAUCAAGAACCUGUGGGGCUUUGACGUUCGCGGCGCCAUCAAGGCCGCGUCAAUGCUCUCGGCUUUUAAGCUCUUCUGA